AGUUUUAUAUAAAAUAAUUCUAAAUUAGUCAAUAAUUUAUAAAUAUAAAAUAAUAGUUAAAAUAAAAAUAAUGAAAUGAAUAGUGGUUUAAAAAAAAGAAAAACACCUUCGUCAGCACCAACAUCGCCAAGUAAAGAUAUUCAGAAUAUAGAUAUAACACCACUAACUCCAACUCAGUAUAGACCAACAACUACCACUACAUCCACAACCACUUAUAAUAGCUUAAAUACAGAGGAAAAUUCAGCUUUCGAAAAUAAAAACACACCAAAACAAAACCCAAGUCUACACGAAGAAACCAUAUUUAUUCAUGAAGAACGUGCAAAGAAAAAAGAAGUUUGUUAUCACUAUUUUAGUAAACCAGAUGAACUAUUAAAAAUUAUUAAGGAAAUAAUAUAUCAGUAUCAACAAAAGAAUGUAGUUUCAUUUUCGGAAUUUAAAGAAUUAUGGAAAUAUAAAAUGGAUACACUGGGACCCUUUUUUGAAUCACAACAUAUUUAUCCAGAUGUAAUACAUAUUUUAUAUUAUGGUGUUUUAGGGUUCACUCUACUGGAUUUACCGAUUAAUGGUAAAGUUUCAAUCAUCUAUUCUCUAUAUUGUCUAUACAAUUGUCAAAUUACCAAUCCGCGCGUACCAAUCAUCAUUACUUUAAACUAUUGGGAAACCCUUUUACAAUAUUUUGAAGAUAUCAAAAAUCAAACACUCUACGAAGGCUAUCAAGCAUUUAGAUUCCUCAGAAAAAUGGGUGCAUUCGUUUUUUCUGCAACAUUACAUCCCAUCUCAACUAUGAAUUAUUUUAAAACCAACUCUAUGCAAACCAACCAACCAAUCAUUCCACAUGAAAUCAUUAACAACGAUCCAAUUAAACCAUUAAGAAACAUUAAAGAAUUAAAACAAAUUACUGAACAAUAUAAUUUAGCAAAGAGAGGUCCAAAUAAUACAAUCCCAGAAUCAUUAAAUUUAAUUAACGAUAAUUUUUAUAAUGAAGUUUUUUCAUCAAUCGAUCAAAACACAAUCGACAAGUUUGCACAAAUGAUCCAAGAUCGCAUCCCUGGUUUUCCUUAAAAAAAAAAAUUCAAUUUUUAUAAAAAUUAUAUAUAUUUAUUCAAAAUUUUUUGUAAAUUAUUAAAAUAAUUUUAUUAUAAUAAUAAAAUGUGUGUGUUUUUAUUUAUUUAAUAAAAAAUAUUUUUAUAAAU